UAGAGGUAGAGCUGUCUAGGUUGGUAAUCGAAGCUAGAGGUAGCGGUGCUAUCGCCUCGUCGAGUUCGGGUUGGCGCAGUCGUAUCUAGGGUAUCAGUAAUUGCUGGAGGAGAACGGAAUCGUAUCGGUCGUCAGGUCGUCUAGUGUCAGUCGUCGAUGUGGUCAAUGUCGAGGAUGCGAUGCGAUGUGCGAUGCGAUGGUCGAGGUCCAAGUGGUUGGCGUUGGCGUCGUCGUACACGGCAGACCUCCCCGCUAGGCACAGCGCUACAGUGGCCGCCCGCAGCCGCUGUAGUGUAGCGGGACGCUUUGGUAGGGGCAUCAUGCGUGACUGCUUGAGCCGCUCUGAUGUCACCUUUGCCUGCCGCCGUCUGACGCAGGAAGCUGUCUGUGACAGCUCCAAUCCUCCGCCAAAUCUGAGCGGUAAACACCGGCAGAAUAGUUGCCCGGUCCGUCAUCCCGUCGACGGCCGUUCCUCGUCCGAUCUCCCAGCUUCCGAACUCAAUUGCGAUAGAUUUGCUCGAUACUCGUACAUUGGCGUUGACUUUCCUUUCGUUUGGUUUCUACGCAUGAUACCCCAAUAGCGAACCCUACCAUCCCCGACAGCAGCCGCCACCGUAACCAUGUCCCGCGCCUCCAAGCUCACCCUCCUCGGCACCUCCGCCUUUGCGCUCAGCACCGUCGUGUUUGUGCAUUGGCAACAGCAAUCUGAGAAGGAGGUAUGUCUUCCUUUCCCCAUCCUCUUUCUCCCCUCCCCCAACCCAUCCUACCACCCCAUCCCAGUCCCAGAACCC